ACAUUGUUGCGGUAGACGUCACAGUUGUGAGCAGAGCCACUGCGGGUAUACACCUCUACUGAUCCCCAAGGUGUAUUCUGUAUGUUAUUCAGAAUACAUCUCGUUUGCGAUACCUGUGCAGUUUCCUCAGGCGACAAGUCAUUAAAGGCACUUAUUCCAAUUGUUUUGGAUUCGAUCAAACCGAAAGAAGUUGGUUUAGAGGAGCUGUUCCUAAGUCGGAGUUGGGAAGGAAGGCGGUGCAAGCAGUGUCGUCUGAUAACAGGUAAUCAGUCAUGCAGCAGCAGGUAAAGCAGCAGCAGCAGGGUUGAACAGCUACCAAUAACAGCAGCAACUGCUGCAGCAGCAGUAAGUGCCACAGUUAAAACAGCAAAGCAGCAAGAUGCUGAGUCUAGCUGAGACGAAGGCAGUGGUUCUGGUGACCAUGACAGCCACAACGCUUGCUGUCUCUCUACUGCCUCUGCUCAUCCGCAGGCUGGUGCUGGGCCGCAUGCGGCUCUCCAGUACACAGACUUUCAUGAGCGGAUGCCUGUGUUUCGGUGGCGGUGUGUUGAUGGCCACGGUGUUCCUGCACCUGCUGCCUGAGACCAGGUACUACCUACAGGUAGCUGUCUCCUCUGGCUUCUUCCCUGAGUUACCUUACCCGCUCCCCGAGCUUAUCGUCUGUUGCGGGUUCUUCCUGAUGUACGUCACGGAGAUAGUAAUGCACUCUUGUCUCCACCGAGGCCACAACCACCACUCUCAUCUACCUGUAGCGAAGGACACCGAGAUGAACGUCCACACAGAGACGUCCGAUAAACAGAAGAAUUAUUCCACAGAUGAUGCCGAUGCGGAAAAUGGGUGUCUCAGGAAACUGACGGACGAGAAGGAUUCUGUCAAUAACACACUGGAGUCUGCAGACACGGGAGAGUCUGUGGAUGAUAACUUGUCUCUGAUGCGGGCUAUCGUGGUAGUAGUGGCACUCUCCGUCCAUAGCAUCAUGGAGGGCCUGGCACUGGGCCUCGUCUUCAAGCCAUCUGACGUUUGGUUGCUCUUCGCUGCUCUCUCCUCCCACAAACUAAUCAUUGGCUUCUGCAUGGGAAUGGAAAUGCUGGAAGCCAGAGCGUCCUACAUGUCGUUCUUCCUAUCAAUGAUUAUUUUCUCCUUAGCAUCACCGCUUGGUGGUCUCGUAGGGACACUGGUAGUCUCCAUGACAACGAACACGACAGCCGCUGGUAUCCUGGUCCCUACCGUCCUGCAAGGGCUCUCAGCGGGUACCAUCCUCUACGUGACCUUCUGCGAGGUGCUAGAGAGGGAGCGAGCCAAGCCACAAGAUCCCUUUCUUAAGAUGUGGACUCUGGUAGCGGGAUUCCUAUUCAUGGCGGCUUUACAGGUGCUGGAUAAGUUUGCACCUGAAGACAGUAUAGCAGAAGUAGCGGAAACACCUCAUAAUCUUCUCUUCACCUCGCCUCUCCCACUCUUGCUAACCAAACCCGUGUGAGUCAUAGAUCACAAGGUUUGCCAGAGCAUCGAGCAACGAGAUUGUUUUUUUAGAUGAGAAUUCAUGAUUUUAUUUUAACUGUUGUUAUUUGUUUUAGUGCAGUGUGUGAUCACAAUGAGGUAAAUUGGACACCAAGUUAUUAAAAACUGGGUGUGUCCAAAGCUGACUGGAUUUGAAAUUUUCAUAUAUGUCUAUCGAUGUAUGUAAACACACGUGGAUUUGUGAUUGAACACACACACACACACACACACACACACACACACACACACACACACACACACACACACACACACACACACACACACACACACACACACACACACACACACACACACAAACAAACACACACAAUUGGAAGUUGAAGACUCAGAUGAAUCAAAGGGAUGUUAGGAAGUAUUUCUUCAGUCAUAGAGUAGUCAGGCCAUGGAAUAGCCUAGAAAGUGAUGUGGUGGAGGCAGGAACCAUACAUAGUUUUAAGGCGAGGUAUGAUAGAGCUCAUGGAGCAGGGAGAGAGAGGACCUAGUAGCAAUCAGCGAAGAGGCGGGGCCAGGAGCUGUGACUCGACCCCUGCAACCACAAAUAGGUGAGUACAAAUAGGUGAGUACACACACACACACACACACACACAAGGUGACAGAAGUAAGACAAGAGAGACAGGGGUGGAUCGACUGCAUUUUUUUGGACUGCAAGAAGGCCUUCGACACAGUUCCUCACAAGAGGUUACUGCAAAAGCUAGAGGAUCAGGCACACAUAACAGGAAAGGCACUUCAAUGGAUCAGAGAAUACCUGACAGGGAGGCAACAACGAGUCAUGGUACGUGACGAGGUGUCAGAGUGGGCGCCUGUGACAAGCAGGGUUCCACAGGGGUCAGUCCUAGGACCUGUGCUGUUCUUGGUAUAUGUGAACGACAUAACGGAAGGGAUAGACUCAGAAGUGUCCUUGUUUUCAGAUGAUGUGAAGUUAAUGAGAAGAAUCAAAGCGGAUGAGGAUCAGGCAGGACUACAAAGAGACCUGGACAGGCUACAAGCCUGGUCCAGCAACUGGCUCCUUGAGUUUAACCCUGCCAAAUGCAAAUGAAGAUUGGGGAGGGGCAAAGAAGACCGCAGACACAAUAUAGUUUAGAUGACCAAAGUCUGCAAACCUCACUCAAGGAAAAAGAUCUGGGGGUGAGUAUAACACCGAGCAUAUCUCCUGAGGCGCACAUCAAUCAGAUAACUGCUGCAGCAUACGGGCGCCUGGCAAACCUACGGAUAGCGUUCCGAUACCUCAGUAAGGAUUCGUUCAAGACUCUGUAUACCAUUUACGUCAGGCCCAUACUGGAGUAUGCAGCACCAGUUUGGAAUCCACACCUAGUCAAGCACGUCAAGAAAUUAGAGAAAGUGCAAAGGUUUGCAACAAGACUAGUCCCAGAGCUACGGGGAUUGUCCUACGAAGAAAGGUUGAGGGAAAUCGGCCUGACGACACUGGAGGACAGGAGGGUCAGGGGAGACAUGAUAACGACAUAUAAAAUACUGCGCGGAAUAGACAAGGUGGACAAAGACGGGAUGUUCUAGAGAAGGGACACCGACACAAGAGGUCAUAAUUGGAAGUUGAAGACUCAGAUGAAUCAAAGGGAUGUUAGGAAGUAUUUGUUCAGUCAUAGAGUAGUCAGGCCGUGGAAUAGCCUAGAAAGUGACGUAGUGGAGGCGGGAACCAUACAUAGUUUUAAGGCGAGGUAUGAUAGAGCUCAUGGGGCAGGGAGAGAGAGGACCUAGUAGCAAUCAGCGAAGAGGCGGGGGCCAGGAGCUGUGAAUCGACCCCUGCAACCACAAAUAGGUGAGUACAAAUAGGUGAGUACACACACACACACAUACAAAAAAAAUAGUGGAAAAAUGGCAGUAGGUAUUCCCGGGCAUCUGAAGUGUUGCUAGUAGGUAGGCAGGUUCUGUGUCACAAUAUAAGGAAAGAAGUGCAAACACCCAGCCAGGAAAGUGAAAACAUAGAGGGAUGUGUGGUAUAUAUUUAUAUAUACGUGUGGUGUAACAGUGAGUGAUUAAAUAACAGACUAAGAUUUUACGGAGCUCAGUUCAGUACGAUAUCUUCCCAGCGAGGAAGAGGAGCCGAGACGUUCAUACUUUGCCAGACGUAUGCGGUAAUCACCCAUGUUGGGUAGCAACGUCAGGUAAUUAGCACCAGGCUUUCUGCUCCACUGGAAGUUAGGGUCCACUCACCCCUCGAGAGCUGAUUGUCGGAUAUAGAGUAUAUAGGAUUUAUUAAGGAGGUUAAAGGAAGAGGUUUUAGUAAGGGCAGGGUAGCUGGGACAGGCGCAUGUGUGGGAACUGUGUGUAGGUACACUACACCCAUACUUACAUGUACACACCCACAACUGUUAACCAGAUUAUCUAAAAUAACACUGGUACCCUUGCUCCCUCCUGCAACACACACACACACACACGACCAGUGAAGAGGCAGGGCCAGGAGCUAUGAAUCGGCCCCUGUAACCACAAAUAGGUGAGUAUAAAUAGGUGAGUACACACACACACACACACACACACACACACACACACACACACACACACACACAGGGAUUUUAGGAAGUAUUUCUUCAGUCACAGAGUAGUCAAGAAGUGGAAUAGUUUGGGAAGCGAUGUAGUGGAGGCAGGAUCCAUACAUAGCUUUAAGCAGAGGUACGAUAAAGCUCAUGGUUCAGGGAGAGUGACCUAGUAGCGACCAGUGAAGAGGCGGGGCCAGGAGCUUGGACUCGACCCCUGCAACCUCAACUAGGUGAUUACAACUAGGUGAGUACACUACACACGGCAGGAUGAAGAAACAAGAGUACCGGGGAUGACUGGGCUGAACAAGAAGCAUUGGCAGAAAGAAUCAAGAGCACAGUGAAACGGGAGUCGGAAAAAAAUCUAAGCUAGUUUUGCAACACAAUGGUCGAGAGGAUAUUUACAGAUAACAAGAAGAGGAAGGCACAAGCUCUUGCUGCUGAGACAAGGAUGCAGAGACUAUCAGAGGAACUGGAAGUACGUGUAUUAAAGCGUAAUAUUGAGAUGAGGACUGAUAGCAAGAAGCUGGAUGAUGGAACAACAGCGGAAAGCGAGAGGAUUGAAAGAGGGGAGAGAGCAAAUAUGCUCCUUGAGGAAAUGAUACCAGGCCACCAGGAUGUCUGGGAGAUAAGGAAGACAACCAAGGAUAUACUUAAAUCAGACCCAGAGAUAUGGAAGGAAACAAAAUGAGAUGAAAGGGAAAGAUACAUUAUUCAUGGGCUUCAUGAAGCAGAAGGGAAGACCUUAGAAAACAGGGGGAGAUAAGAAAUUGAAAGCAUCAUCGCAGUAACAAAACGACAUGAAACAACUAAUAAGUUUUCAGAGAUCUGGGCAGUACUCAAGGGAAAAGAACCGUCCAAUCAAAUUAACAUUCAAAUCAGAAAUGAUAUAACAAAAUCCUACAGCGGAAACAAUGGUUAAAGGAAACGACCAGGAAGUAUAUGAAGAGCUCAGCUCGCGAUACAGGGAGAUAUUCACAGUGGAGACAGCAA